AUGGCGGGUCGUGGUGGUCGAGGAAGGGGGGGAAAAGGUCGUGGUUUUACAUUCGAUAUAGGUGCUAUAGGAUUUGGAAGGGGCUCAGAUGCUUUGCCCGCUGCAAUUCUUCAACCUCCUCCUCUUUUUCCUCCUCUAGAAAGACGACCUUUGCCGCUGCGAAUCUCAGAAAAAGAUGACUAUAUGCUUGUGUUAAAAGAAGAGUUCAGGAUGAUAAUGAAUACUUCUCCUUACUAUAUUAAGCCCGAUGCAGCAAAGAAAGAUAUUGAGAGAUAUUCUGAUCGUUUCAAGGAAAAUCAGCAAACUGACUCUACUAACAGUUGGACUCCAGAUUGGAAUCAUUUUCCUGCUGAAUUGAAAGUCAAGACAAAAACAUCCAAAUCUCAUGGCAAAGCAGUAAAACCAAACACAAAAAACAGCAGUCGUAAAAGAAAACUUGAUACUUCAGCUCCUGACAUUGAUUUUGAUUCAUUAGAGAAAGAGGAUGAAAAAGAAAAUGAGAAUGAGUCUGGUAGCAAACCCACUCAAGAGAGUAAAGCCACAGAAGGYAAAGCUGAUCCUGAAAGUGAAGAGGAGAUUGACGAAGAAGAUUAUGAUGAGGAAGAGCAAGAAGAG